CAGAGCCGUCUGGAUUGGCGCUUUGACUCUGACUCUCUGCAUGCAGGACCGGGACUGAUGCCAGCUGCGGUUGUCGGGUCGGUCUCGAUCCGGCGCACUACCUGUAUCUCCAAAUAUGUGUCAGUGCGAUUCAGUAGCGAAAGCCAGCAGAACGCCGGACUCUCUCGCGGAAGCAGGAAAGCUGUUCUUGAAACAUACUACCUUCCAUGGACUGAGACAUGUAUUUCUGAGCGGCUCCUACCCCCGGAGGCUCGCCUGGCUGCUGGCUUUCCUCACAGCUGUCGCUCUCCUCUUCACCUGGUCCUCAAACCGAGUCCGGUACCUCCUCUCUUCGCCCGUGCACACCAAGUCGCAUAUGGUGUACGCCAAACGUCUCGUUUUCCCCGCGGUGACCAUCUGCAACCAGAACCUCCUCAUACCGCGUCGCAUGAAGAAACCGGACAUAUUCAGCGCGGGAAGGUGGUUAGGACUUCUAGGGAGGAACUGGCAAGUGUCCCCCGGUGCCAGGGACGUGCUCACACCCGGGACCGACCGUGACAGCAGCAGCAGCAGCAACGAACCGCCGUGGUCACCGCUCUCUCGGAUCCUGGACUUCAACCACUUUCUGCCUCCUCCCUUGGAGUCUCAGCCGUCCAUGCUGCAGCUCCUGGACCGCCUCGGUCACCAGAUGGAGGAGAUGCUGCUUUACUGCCGCUUCCAGGGAGAGGUGUGCGGGCCACGCAACUUCAGCACCAUCUUCACCCGUUAUGGGAAAUGCUACACGUUCAACUCUGGCCAAGAUAACCGGCCGCUGCUGGUGACCAUGAAGGGAGGGAUGGGUAACGGACUGGAGCUGAUGCUGGAUAUACAACAGGAUGAAUACCUGCCAGUCUGGGGAGAAACAGAUGAGACGUCGUUCGAGGCGGGCAUCAAGGUUCAGAUCCACACACAGGACGAGCCUCCCUUCAUUGACCAGCUGGGUUUCGGUGUGGCCCCGGGCUUCCAGACCUUCGUAUCCUGUCAGGAACAACGGCUAACAUACCUGCCACCUCCGUGGGGCGACUGCAAGUCUACUCCCAUGGACUCUGACUUCUUCAACGCCUACAGCCUCACGGCCUGCCGUAUCGACUGUGAGACGCGUUACCUGGUGGAGAACUGUAACUGCCGCAUGGUGCACAUGCCUGGAGAUGCCCCUUACUGUACCCCAGAGCAGUACAAGGAGUGUGCCGACCCUGCCUUGGACUUCCUGGUGGAGAGGGAUAAUGACUACUGUGUGUGUGAGACGCCCUGCAACAUGACACGCUUUGGAAAGGAGAUGUCCUUCGUCAAGAUUCCCAGUAAGGCCUCAGCCAAGUACCUGGCCAAGAAGUACAACAAGACAGAGCAAUACAUUGGUGAUAACAUCCUGGUUCUGGAUAUCUUCUUUGAGGCUCUGAACUACGAGACCAUCGAGCAGACGAAAGCUUACGAGUUCGCAGGGUUGCUGGGUGAUAUUGGUGGUCAGAUGGGUCUCUUCAUAGGAGCCAGUAUCCUCACCAUCCUGGAGCUCUUUGACUACCUAUAUGAGGUGAUCAAGUACAAGCUGUGUCGAUGCUCAACUAAGAAACAGAAACACAACAACAACAAUAACCGGGGAGCAGUGCUGAGUCUGGACGACGUCAAACGCCAUGUGCCCUGUGAGAACCUGCAUACAUCUGGUACGUAUCCUGCCAACAUGCUACCUCACCAUCCAGCGCAGGGCAACGUUGAAGACUUCACGUGCUGAGCCAAGUACAUGAGCCAAUCAGGGCAGGAGGAAGAAGGAGGAAGAACCUGGCAGUAUGCAACCAAAGUCAACAAUACAACAAGAAUAUCUGAACACUCUAUAUAAGGGAUUGAAUUGAAAAACGGAUUGUCAAUAUGGAAACGUUUCUUACUAUCUGAGAGGAGGGGGAAAAUAUCAACAAUGACAAGAAGUAGAGAAGAUAAAGACUAUAUUAUUCCAAACAUAAAUAUCUGUCAAAGUUUGUUCUGGAACAUUUUGUGGAAUUUGGAAUCCUGGAAGUAAAUCCUGAAUGUUCUAUUGUCUAAGUUUGGAAUAGAACCAGGAAACAAAGACUCUACUCUUCAAGAACACACUGCAAAUAUGGUCCUCUCACUCUAAAACAGACAGAUAUGGGAAAUGUAACUAACUACUGUACAGAGACAACAUCAACAGAGCCCCAUGCCUUUACUGUAUUACGGUAUCAGCAACACUCAGCUGUCACUGAGUAUCCUAUUAGGAUAGUAGUAUGGUUGGGAUCAAUUCCAUUUAAAUGUAGCCUUUUAACUUCCUGAAUUGACCGAAUUGAAAUGGCAUUGACCCCGACCCUGGUCAGUAGAGAAAUGUAACGCUUCACUGAACUCCAGUGUAAAUGUAGCAGUGUCAAUGCUAUCAAUCCAGUGUUGCUGUAUCUCAUCUUGAAUGUAGCUACGUCUACAACGGUUUAAAUCAACUACAACCAAGAUGAGCAGUGAAAACAUUCAGAGGGAGAGAACGGUAGAGAGAUCUACCGUUUAGAGAAGAAGAAAAAAACAUAUGGUAAACUUUUCAGGUUUUAUCUUUUAACCGCAUGCUUGUGUAUCGUCCUCUGCAUGUAUUACAUUUUGUAUUUAGUUUAGUUUAUUUAUUUUAUAAUUAUUUGCCAAGUUUGCCUCAAUGAUACAAGUAAAGGAAUAUGAUGCUCCCCUCAUAUUCAUUAUGUGUGUGUGUGUGUGUGUGUGUGUGUGUGUGUGUGUGUGUGUGUGUGUGUGUGUGCGUGCGUGCGUGCGUGCGUGCGUGCGUGCGUGCGUGCGUGCGUGCGUGCGUGUGUGUAAUGAAUUGUGUUGGUUUGUGUGACCACCCUGGUUGGAUCCACUAACUAGCUGUACCUCAUCCCAUCAAUACACUUUUUUUAUUUUUUUAUUCAUGUUGAAUGUGUGCACUAUCCCAUAAUCCCUAUUCAUGCCCGAGCAACUAUGCCUGUACGUACUUGUAUAGAGACAAUUCCACCUGGUCACCUGAUCACCUGGUCACCUGAUCACCUGAUCACUUGGUCACAAGGCUUAAUAGAGGUUUGACAUUGGUACAGCUAUCCACUCCUCUGUUCAACACAAUGGGAGUAGUGAUAGGGGCUACAGGUAGAUAGGGGCUACAGGUAGAUAGGGGCUACAGGUAGAUAGGGGCUACAGGUAGAUAGGGACUACAGGUAGAUAGGGGCUACAGGUAGA